ACUUACACGCUCCACACACCGCCUCUAUAUAUGGCAGCGAUGUGCACUACCCGGAGUAGAUCAGCAAAUUAAUCAAGCAAACAUGUCUCCCCCACACUGCUACCUCUUCCUCCUCUCCGUCGCCCUGUUGCUCCUACCAUCCCCGGCGCAGUCCUCCUCAUCCACCAUCAUCCGGCUCCGCUCCGCCAACGACAUCAUCGCCGAGACCUGCGAGCGCUGCAGCUCCACCAACCCGAAUGUCGACAACGCGCUCUGCAUCGCCUCCCUCUCCGCCGACCCUUCCGCCCGCGACGCCGACCUUCACGGGCUCGCCAUGAUCUCAGCCAAGCUGGUGCGGGCGGGCGUCACAGGGAUGUACACCGGCAUGUCCGAGCUACGAGGCAAGGAAGCGGCAGGGUCGCCAAGGCGGUCCUGCCUUGACGCGUGCAUUGGGCUGUUCCACGACGCCAUGGUCGACCUCGACGACGCCAUCGCCGCCAUCGAUGGCCGGACGUACGACGACGCCAAGACCAAGAUGAGCGCCACCACCGACGCGCCGGUCACCUGCAGCGACGAGUUCAAGGAGCAGGGCCUGCCGCCACCCAUGGAAGCAGAGAGCCGGCGCCUGUUUCAGCAGGCCGUCAUCUCCCUCGCCAUCAUCUCAUUGCUCUGAAUAAGAGAUUGAUCAUUCCUAACUAGUAUACAUAUAUUGCUCUAGUCACCAUAUUUAUUCAAGUAUAUGUAAUAUAACUGCGUUAUCAUCUUGCUGCUAGGGACCAAGGAAGUAUGUAAUAUCAACAGUGCACUAUAUUAAUAUGGAAAGUAGUGAAAAGAACAUGGCAAUCAAAUCAAGAUAUUUCUUAUUUA